GGUUCUGCUGUCCAUAAUGCGCGCCGGUCAUGUCAUGAUUCAUGUUCAUCGGUAUAGGUACUUCGUAUUGCAUGUUUCUGCGGCCUGCACACGUCGCCUUGGCCCGCAGAAUGCGAUAUGUGAUGUGUAUGCGGGCGUGGGCCCUGGUCGCGGGUGGUGGUCUGUUCGGAGGCGAUGGACGGGAGGUCGUGCGUCUUGAAGGUCACAGCUCCAAGUGCUUGCAACAACAACACUUUACUGUGUUUGCACCUUCCCAGAGAAGACUCGCAGAGCGUAGCAACGAAAAUAGCGACGACGGAACGCCGACGGAACAAAAGACGUGAUGGUGUUGCUGGAGUUCGCGCGUUCGAGUAGCUUGCGAUGCUCCGUGCGCUCUUUAACCCUGAGCGCUGAG